AUGAUGUUCAAAUUCACCUCCAUUGCCAUGAUCGCCUUGACGGCCAUGUUCCUAUCCGCGGGACAAGCCGAUGCCAUUGCAGACAACGCUGUUGACGCGUGCAAUGGUUCUAAUAACUACGGUGUGGGACAUUCAUGCGCGUUUGCUGAAUCUCAAGGC